AGACACACACCCCCAUAACGGAGAGGCAGAGUGGUACGGUCCAGACUCAGCCUUUUCCCCAUGGAGUUGUUGCUGAGGAGCUUUCAGACUGAGUUUCGGAGAGAACGAGAGCGCGGGCGGCGAUAUGACGAGGACAAUGACUGCCCAUUAUCUCAGGAAUAACCCGAUUCAUCCGGGAAUGAAUUUUAGAGUCCUGCUCAUGCUGUCAUUUGUGUCAGGUGUGGUGUAUGGCAGUCAGGUGGUUGUCCCCCCUAAGGUGAAUGCUGUGUUGGGAAAGAACGUCACCCUCAGCUGCAGGGUGCAGGUGGACACAAACCUCAGCCUGACGCAGAGCUCCUGGGAGAGGAAGCUGCCCACUGGAUGGGUGACUAUGGCCGUGUACAACCCCAUGUUUGGCAUCUCCAUCCCUCCUGAAUAUGAGCGACGCCUGUCCUUCCGCUCGCCCUCUAUGCAUGACGCCACCAUCAUGCUGGAAGAUGUGGGUUUCGCUGACAUCGGCGUGUACACCUGCAAGGUUGCCACCUUUCCGCUGGGCAACACACAGGCCUCCACCACCGUCAGCGUCCUAGUGGAGCCGAAGGUGUAUGUCUCGGCCGGAUCGUCCGCUCUGAUCGACGGUGGCAAUGAAACUACGGUGGCCACAUGCAUCGCUGAGAGGGCUCGACCCCCUGCUGAGGUCUCCUGGGAAACUAAUCUGUACGGCACGUCUGAGGCCCACAUGCAGGACGAUGCCAACGGCACCACUACAACCCAGGUGCACUACACCUGGCAGCCCUCCCGUCACUCCCAAGGACACACGCUAACAUGUGUGGUGAAACAUCCCGCUCUGCAGAGCGACUUCAGGAUACCCUAUAUUGUCAAUGUACAGUUUGCUCCAGACAUCCUGGUGCUGGGCUAUGACGGCGACUGGUAUGUGGGCAGGGAGAAUGUGCAACUAAAGUGUCGAGCCAAGGCCAACCCGCCUGCCCAGCACUUAAGAUGGAUCAGGUUGGAUGGAGAGAUGCCAGAUGGAGCAGAGGUGCUGAAUAACUCUUUGGUUUUUAUGAGGCCCCUGCAGAAGAACGACUCUGGCGUUUACAGGUGUGAGGUGGCAAACGAUAUCGGACUGCGCAGUCGAGACAUUAGAGUACGCAUUCAGGAUCCUCCCUCAACCACCACCAUGCCCCCCACCACCCCUGUGCGCCUCCUAACCGCCGACAUCUCUGCCACCGCACCUGGCAAUAAACAGCGAGCCCUCAUCACCUCUCCAACCCUGGCGCCGCUGCCGGAGGGAAGCCUAGGCUCAAUUGUGGGUGGGGCAGUGGGCGGAGCCCUCUUCCUGCUGUUGCUGCUCAUUCUGGGUGGAGUUUAUUACCAGCGUCAGCGGCGGACUUUCCGCGGCGACUACUACACAAAGCAGUAUCACGGCCCCUCGGACAUGCAGAAGGCUCCCCAGCCCCAUGAGUUGCAGCAAGUCUACAGCAAGGAAAGCCCUGACACCAAGCUCAAAUCCAACCAGGAUAACGGCUCCAUCUACCCGGAUAAGGAUCGAGAAGAGUGGGGUGAUUUUGACCGAGAGCGAUCACCCAAUGGUCGCAGUAGAGCCUUGAGGGAAGCCGGCGGUCAACUCAACCACCAUAACCAUCACAACCAUGAGCACGUCUACCCCAACAACCGCCACCAUCCGCAGACCUUAAGCCCAGCCCAUCACAUCCAGAGGAGCUCGUUGCAGCCAGAGCCCCGCAGGUACGCCGCUCCGCAAGUCAUGAGCAACGGCUCCCCCUACAUGCCAGAGGACUGCUACGACAAUGACUACGUGUCGCACACCGAUGGCUCGAUGAUCUCGCGGAGGGAGUGGUAUGUCUGAGAUGGAUGAGCAGGAAGAGACUGCAUAGACACUUGAAAUGCUUCAGACUGCAAAAUGAUACAAGGAUGAACAGAGUUAUGUAAAGAAAAUUAGUAGGAAAUGCACCUUUUCUAGUAGUUUACACAUACCUAUUUGUUUUUGUACAUUAGCCUAAUCAUUAGUUAGCUCUUCAUAGCUAGCUGGUUUAAAGGAUGUUUUGGGACCAAAAGAGGCUAUAAUUGUUGUCUUCAUUUGUUAAGGUCAGGCAAAAAGACGUUGUCGAGAUGUUUCAGGGGUGAUUUAAUUUGGGUUUUCUUGCCAAAUCAAUAGCCAAUCUCCUUUUCUUUGCACAGGAAGUUGUACUGUGUGAUUUAUUUAAAAGAAAGUCUCUACAAAAAAAGAAAGGCAUUCGAACAAAUGCAAUUUGUAUUCAGAUAACCUGUCGAUAAGUGUUUCAGUACAGCCCUGAUGCAAGCGAUGCGUUUCGAUGAAUCACGUCAACUUUUAAUGCUGUCACUCUGAUGGAGGCAGAAAUUAGCUCCUGUCAACAGCCUGGCGGUUUCCAUGGCAACAUUUAUUUCCUCUCUUCUGGCAUUCAGAGUUGGAGUGCUUUGGGGAGGUGCUAGACAGGGAGGACUGUGCUGGAUUUGAUAAAGUCCAAUGGGAGAAAGCCAGACAGGAUGAUUGCCGAAAUGGGGUGCUGUUAUUGUAUCAAUUCAGCUUCUAUUUGCAUACCACUGUGUCACUGUUAGCUCUGGAUUUCCUUUGUUUGUGCCAUCAGAAAUGUUUGCCGCUGUGCGAGUCUGUCUGCAAAUGAGAUUGUUGGACAAUGUCUCGAACAUCGAAAACUACUGCCAUUGUUCAACACGAAAGCUCGUCCCGUGUUAAUGUAGCCGUCUGGCUCGUCUUCGUCAGACCAUCACUGCCUAGUGUUAACGACGUCCGACUUCAUUCAGCGGCUUGCGUUACGUCACAAAUCAAGUCGUUUGCCUGUCUCUUGUGUUUCUGUGUGUUUUCUGUGUCUGUCUGUAAUAUAUAAAUCCAAUCAGCUAGUGUUAACGACAGUGUUUUGAUGAAUUUUCCUCAUUGUCUGUGCAAUAGUGUUAAGAUUUCUGGCCUCAAAUCUCACACAUUUACGCACAUAAUUUAACGCAGAAGACGAUAGCCUAACACUCGUGUUAUUGGUCGUUCAUUUUUAGUGUUGGCUGGAUCUUAAUAAGCUAGCAGAUGCAUAUGGUUGGGUUUUGAGAUGAAAUUGCAGUGCCUUAAACUGAAGACGUGCCCUGUAAGCAUUAUAACCUUACAAACGAGUGAGUAUCAUUCUCAGAAGUAGUUUUUGAGGCAUAUAUAAUGGUCAGGAUGGGCCCUGGGAUCAUUAUUUUGUACUGUCAUUUGUUUUCUGUGCCAUUUGCUUUUUGCAGAUUUUCUAACUAAUUGUUGUGCUCGCAUUAAAUGACAUGUGACACUUGAGUUACAGUGCACAUCAAAGAGUUAAGUAAAACAAAAUAUGUAUGUGUACAGGUUUGGACAAUGCAAAGAUGAAGAAUUCAAUGUAAACAAGGUUGUUAUGUAUAUAUGCUGGCAGUUCGGUGAACCUUGUUUUGUUUGUUAGUUUGUUUGACUUUAUCGUUCCUCUAGGACGCCUGAGAUUCAACGGUGGAACGCACUAGAAAACCCACCGUUACACAGAUUGUGAUGAGAGGAUAACACGUACACUUCUCCAGAACGUCUUUUUCACUUUUUUUUGUUUUGUUUUACAAAGAUCUACUGUAAAAAGAAAAAAAAAAAAAAAGAAAAAUACAAAAAAUUAUUCAAAGAAAAAUAGCUGAGAAGAAAUGUAUAGAUGAUACUGAGCAUUGUUUUGUAAAAAAUAAAUUUUUGGGAUACAUUUGUUUUUGAAAUAAAGCACCUUUUUUCUGUGA